UAUUGUUUAGAUAAACUAUUGUCUAAACAUUUAACGUGAUUCUUUUUUUUAUCAUAUAACAAGAUAAAAAAUUGCUUUCUGAAUUGUUUCGUGUGGAAACAAAUUUAAUAAUAAUUUUGAUUUGAUUUUCAAAGUGAAAUAUAUUUAGAAAAAAAUAAUACGAAAUGGUGAAAAGUGGCGAAAAAAAUAUGAUAUCUGAUCCAUGCAGUCAGAAAAUGAUUAAUUCGGAUGAAGAAAUUGUUAUUUCUGGAAUUGCUGGAAGAUUUCCAGAUUCGGAUAAUAUUAAAAAAUUACAAGAAAAUUUAAUGAAUAAAGUGGAUUUGAUAAAUGAUGAUGAUCGACGCUGGAAACUUGAUCAUCCUGAUAUCCCUCAAAGAUCUGGAAAAGUCCGUAAUCUUGAUAAAUUUGAUGCAUCAUUCUUUGGAGUGCAUUACAAGCUUGCAGCUGUAAUGGAUCCAUCCUGUAGAAUAUUGAUGGAACACACAUAUGAAGCCAUUAUAGAUGCUGGAGUUAAUCCUCGUACAGUAAAAAAUAGUAAAACUGGAGUUUUUAUUGGUUCGUGCUUUUCAGAAACCGAGAGAACUUGGUUUUAUGACAGAGUUCAGGGAAAUGGAUUCGGUAUGGUGGGUUGUAGCAGAGCUAUGUUAGCAAACAGACUAUCCUACUGGCUUGGAAUAACUGGCCCAAGUUAUACAAUUGAUACUGCAUGUAGUUCAAGUCUUUUUGCUAUGGAACAAGCUUACAGGGCAAUUCGAAGUGGUCAAUGUGAGGCAGCCGUAGUUGGUGGGUGCAAUCUUUGUCUUUUGCCUAAUACAACUCUACAAUUUUCACGAUUGGGUGUUUUAUCUCCUGACGGUCGAUGCAAAACUUUUGACCAACGUGCAAAUGGAUAUGUACGAAGUGAAACCAUUUGUGUCGCUUAUCUUCAAAAAGCCAAAAAUGCAAAACGCAUUUAUGCAACGAUUGUUCAUGGUAAAACAAAUUGCGAUGGCUUUAAAGAACAAGGAAUCACUUUUCCGUCAAGUGUAAUGCAGACUACGCUUCUUCAAGAAUUUUACGAAGAAUGCCAAAUUCAACCGAAAUCAAUUGCAUACGUCGAAGCUCAUGGAACUGGGACAGCUGCUGGUGAUCCUGUAGAAGUAAAUGCAAUUGAUACUAUUUUUUGUCCAGGCAGAACGGAACCUUUACGAAUUGGUUCUAUAAAAUCGAAUCUUGGACAUUCAGAAGCAGCAAGUGGAAUGUGUUCACUUGCCAAAGUUAUUAUUGCUUUCGAAUCUGGAAAAAUUCCUCCAAAUUUGAAUUUUAAAACUCCUAGAAAAGAUAUUAAAGCUCUUGAAGAGGGUAGAGUUCGUGUUAUAACUGAACCAGAGCCAUGGGAUUGUGGUCUCACUGCAGUAAGUUCAUUCGGAUUUGGUGGAGCUAAUGCUCAUCUUUUGCUAAGACCAAACAAUAAAAUAAAAGUCAAUGGUGGAGCGCCACACGAUGAUCUACCAAGACUUGUGGUAGUUUCAGGAAGAACUGAAGACGCUAUAAAUUGUAUAUUGUCUGACGUUGAAAGUCGCCCCAUAGAUGUAGAAUACGUAAGACUUCUUCAUGACAUUUAUAUGCAGGAAGAUCCAGGUCAUUUGUACCGUGGCUUUACAUUAUUGGAUAACACAAAUACUAAAAAAAGAAUUAAAAAAAUUGAACAUUGUCCUGGGGCAAAAAGACCUAUUUGGUUUGUUUUCUCGGGUAUGGGAUCACAAUGGCCAGCGAUGGGUGCUGCUCUCCUACGCUUUCCAAUCUUCGCUCGAGCCAUUAGCAAAUGCGAUGCCGUUCUAAAACAAAAAAAUAUUGAUAUUUACAAUAUUUUAAUUAAUCCAGACAAAUCAACAUUCGACAAUAUUCUUAAUUCGUUUGUUGGAAUUGCUGCAGUACAGAUUGGAAUUGUUGAUUUGCUAAAUUUGCUCGGAAUAAUACCAGAUAACAUUAUUGGUCAUUCGGUGGGAGAAUUGGGUUGUGCGUAUGCAGACGGCUGCUUUACAGCUGAGCAAAUGGUUUUGGCUGCAUACUCAAGAGGACUUGCUUCACUUGAAACAGACACAAUUCGUGGAUCAAUGGCUGCCGUUGGAUUAGGUUAUCGAGAAAUGAAAGAUUUGUGCCCUCCAGAUAUUCAAGUUGCUUGUCACAAUAGUGCAGAAAGCUCGACAAUUUCAGGUCCAGCUGAUUCAAUGAAAGCCUUUGUUGCUAAACUCACUGCUCAGAAAAUAUUUGCAAGAGAAGUUCCAUGCAGUAAUAUUGCUUAUCAUAGUCGCUACAUUGCCGAAGCUGGUCCAAGAUUAUUACGUUACCUUAAGCAAGUAAUUCUAGAACCCAAAGCUCGUAGUCCUAAAUGGCUUAGUACAUCUGUUCCACGAAAUCAAUGGUCUACUCCAGUUGCUCAAUUAUCUUCCGCAGAAUAUCAUACUAAUAAUCUUUUGAGUGCUGUAUUAUUUGAAGAAACAUCUGCCUUGAUUCCCAAGGACGCAGUUACCAUUGAAAUUGCACCUCACGGGCUUCUUCAAGCAAUUUUACGAAGAUCACUUGAUCCAGGUGUUACAAAUAUUGCUUUGACACAAAGAGGUCAUGUAGAUAAUGUUGAAGUAUUUCUAGAAGGCAUUGGAAAAUUAUAUAAUACUGGUCAUCAACCUCAAAUUGCAAAAUUAUAUCCAGAAGUUUCGUUGCCAGUUUCACGUGGAACACCAAUGAUUUCACCAUUAAUAAGGUGGGACCAUUCCGAUGAUUGGUUUGUAACAAAAUUCCAAAUGCAAAAAAAAAUUUCUUCCGGAGAAAGAAUGGUCAAGGUCUCAUUGCAAGAUGAGGACUUUGAAUACAUGGCAGGGCAUGUGAUCGACGGCAGACUGUUGCUCCCAGCUACCGGUUAUUUAGUUUUAAUUUGGGAAACUGUAGGGAUGAUGAAAGGAAAACAUUAUACAGAGUUUUCAGUUGUCUUUGAAGAUGUCAAGUUUUUGCGAGCAACUAAUUUACCAAAAGAGGGUGUUGUUGAAUUGACACUCAGUGUUCAGAAAGGAUCCGGAAGAUUUGAGGUAUCAGAAGGUGAAGCAGCUGUAGUUACGGGUUACGUACGAAAGAUUUCAAAUUUGUCGGCGGAAAAAAUCGAAUGUAUAAAUAGUAAUGAAAAAGUACAAGAAAUGUGGGCUAAAGACGUUUAUAAAGAACUAAGACUCCGUGGUUAUCAUUAUAGUGGUCUUUUCCGAAGCAUAAAAAGUACAGCGACUGAUGGUAGCAACGGUCAAAUUAUGUGGGAUAAUAAUUGGGUUUCUUUCAUGGACAAUAUGCUACAAAUGAAAAUUCUAGGCAUGGAUUCUCGUGGUUUGUUUGUUCCCACGGGAAUUCAAAAGCUAGUUAUUGAUACAAAAGCUCAUUUGAACGAAAUUCGUGAAAUGCCUGACGAAAAUAAAGUCUUCCAAGUAGUCUGUGACGAAACUUCGGAUACAAUAGUCUCUGGUGGCAUUGAAAUUCGUGGUCUCAAUGCAAGUGCAAUUGCCCGAAAAAAAAAUGCUGGUCAGCCAGUGUUAGAAACAUAUAAGUUCGUUGCAAAUCAAGACGACAAUGUUAUCACAAUGCGAGAUGCCGUUUGUACAGCUACUCAUUUGGCACUUGAACACCAUCAGGGAGUCAAAGUAAAAAUUCUGGAAUUCCUAGGAGAACAAGAGAGUAGAAAAAUUGAACAUUUAAUUUCACCGUUGAUUCUUGAAAUUCUUGAAGAUAUUCCUAUGAUGCAAGCUGACGUUGAAAUCGUUAUCGAAACCAUUGGCUUUGAAGCGGAUAUCCUUCCUCAAACAAUUCAAGUAACAGAUUUAAAGAAACUAUCAUCAGAUUCGAAUGCUCUUGUUGUGACUGGAAAGAAUCUUUUAUCAUCUCAAAGUUCAUUGAUGCCGAAAGCACUUGAUGUAUUGAAAAAAGACGGAUUUCUCCUUACAUUUGAAUCUAAAGUGUACGAUAAAAAAUUCCUCCAACAAUUAUUGAUAAAACAUAAUGUUAAUUUGAUUCUUCGUAAAGUAGUAGAUGGUUCAACCGUUUUUUUGUUGAGAAAAGUUACAAAAAUUCCAGGAAUGUCAGUUGUUGUUGAAGUGAGCAAUGACUCGUUCACUUGGGUAAAUAAUUUAAAAGCUGCACUGAAAGCGGAAAUUGAAAAAGAAUCGGAAUUAAGCUCACGAAUUUUAAUCGUUAGUGAGAAAAGCUUUGAAAGUGGACUGUUAGGCCUGGUAAACUGUCUUCGCAGAGAGCCAGGUGGUGAACUUAUUCGUGGAUUUCUUUUACAAGACCCCAAUGCACCAGACUUUGACAUAGAAAAUCCAUUUUACAAAGAACAAUUAAAUCUUGAUUUAGCAAUUAACGUCUUACGACCUAAUCCGAGUAAUUCGAAGAAUGCCAAACUUAUUUGGGGAACUUAUCGGCACUUUCAGAUUCUGAAAGGUGAAUUAAAAAAAAAACAUCAUGCUUGGGCCAAUGAAUUUGUUCGAGGUGAUUUAAGCAGUUUCCAAUGGUUAGAAGGACCAAUUACUCAAGAUUGUAGUCAUCCUGAUUUAGUAAGGAUCGUUUAUUCAGCUAUAAAUUUCCGCGAUGUUAUGCUAGCGACUGGUAAGCUAGCAGUAGAAGUUGUUGCGAAAAGUCGACAAGCACAAGAAUGUGUGUUAGGUUUUGAAUAUUCAGGCAUUGAUUUGAAUAAUGAACGAAUAAUGGGUCUUUAUGAUAUGAAAGCCAUGGCGAAUAUGGCAAUUAUUGAUCGUAGCUUGUGUUGGAAAGUUCCAAAGAGCUGGACAUUAGAGGAUGCAGCAACUGUUCCUUGUGUGUAUGCUACUUGUUUUUAUGCUCUUUAUUCAAAAGGAAACAUGAAAAAGGGAGAUAAAGUUUUAAUUCAUGCUGGCUCCGGUGGAGUUGGCCAAGCAGCUAUCACGCUUGCUUUACACGAAGGCUGUGAAGUAUUUACAACUGUGGGUACUCCUGACAAGCUGAGAUUUAUCAGAAAACAUUUUCCUCAGAUUCGUGAGGACCAUAUUGGCAAUUCGCGAGACACCAGCUUUGAGCAGAUGAUUUCAAAGCUCACUAGAGGCAAAGGGGUUGAUAUUGUUUUGAAUUCAUUAGCCGAAGAAAAGUUGCAAGCUUCAAUAAGGUGUUUGGCUGUUGGUGGAAGGUUCUUAGAAAUUGGCAAAUUUGAUAUGGCCAAAGAUACGCCUGUAGGAAUGUCGGUUUUCCUGAAAGAAAUCAACUUUUGUGGAGUUCUGGUUGACAACUUUUUUGGAGCAUCGCUCGAAAAGAAACUAGAAUUUCAGAAGCUUCUACAGAAAUAUCUUGACGCUGAUAUUAUCAAGCCAAUCGUUAGAACAGUGUUCUCACAUGACCAGCUUGAAGCCGCUUUUCGAUACAUGGGGGCAGGCAAGCAUAUUGGAAAGGUCAUCAUAAAAACCGCAGAUGAAAAUAAUUUACAAAAUAUUGCUAUACCAGCGCAUCCACGUUUUUACUGUCUUCCAAGCAGAAGUUAUAUUAUACUUGGUGGUCUUGGUGGUUUCGGUCUAGAACUUGCUGAUUGGCUUGUUCUUCGAGGCGCGAAAUAUCUUGUUCUCACUUCUCGUACUGGUAUUAAAAAUGGAUAUCAAAAAAUGCGAAUAAAGUUGUGGGAAUCAUAUGGUACUAAAGUCUUGGUAAUUUCUGGCAAAGAAGCAUACAAUCGUCAAGAUUGUCUUGAUAUUUUAAAACAAUCGACUACUAUAGCUCCAGUCGAUGCUAUAUUCAAUCUCGCUGUUGUCUUGAAGGACUGCUUGUGGGAAAAUCAAACUACUGAAACAUUUGAAGAAUCAUUCAAGCCUAAAGCUUGGAGCACUAAAAAUUUAGAUGAAUUAUCAAGAAAAAUAUGUCCAUUACUUCGUCAUUUUGUCGUUUUUUCUUCUGUGUCAUGUGGUCGUGGUAAUGCAGGACAGACAAACUACGGAAUGUCAAAUUCAGUCAUGGAAAGAAUUUGUGAGACUAGAGUUUCCGAGGGACUACCUGCAUUGGCAAUACAAUGGGGAGCAGUUGGUGAUGUUGGUUUAGUUGCAGACAUGUUGGAAGAUCACAAAGAAAUCGUUAUUGGUGGGACACUUCAACAAAGUAUUUUAUCUUGUCUUCAUGAACUUGAUAGUUUCCUAGAUCAAUCUGAACCGAUAGUUUCAAGUAUGGUUGUGGCAGAAAAACGUGCUGGUGGUUCUGGUGCUCUGAACGUUGUCGAUACUGUAUUGAACAUCAUGGGACUAAAAGAUAUAAAAACAAUCGGUCAUCAUACAUCUCUUGCUGAACUCGGCAUGGAUUCUAUGAUGGGCGUUGAAAUAAAACAAACUCUAGAACGAGAGUUCGAAAUAUUCCUCACUGCACAAGAUAUACGUGGUCUCAAUUUUGCUAAACUAAUAGAGCUGGACGCUGCAAAUCUUGAAGUCUCGAAAAAAAAUCCAAAAUCAUCGACUGAAUCAAAUGAAGUGUUGACAGGAAUGAGACUUCUUUUGAGAUUUGUAAGUGAUGAAUCGACGCAAAAUGAAGUUUGUCUUAAACUCAUAACUAAAGAAGAGUCGGGACGAGGUGAAGUUAUUUUUGUUCCUGGUGUUGAAGGAUCGGCUUCUGUAUUUUCCAAUCUUGCGGGUAAAUUAAUGUCACCUGCAACGUGCUUGCAAUUCGAUAGUGAACAAAAAGAAAAUCUUUCUAUUCAAGAAAUUGCAAAAAAUUUAUUACCGCAUGUCUUAGCUAGAAGUAAAGAUCGUCAAGAUUUCCUCGUUGUUGGCUAUUCAUUUGGAUCGCUUAUUGCAAUCGAAAUUGUCAGACUACUUGAAGCAGAAGGACUUACAGGAAAACUUAUACUCAUUGAUGGCUCUCCUGAUUUGAUGGUCUCUAUACUGAAAGAGCAAUUAGCUGUUACAAAUGAGAGUGAACUUGAAAAUACCAUUUUAGUGGGAAUAAUGGACUUCAUGAAUGCAUCAUUGAGUGGUGAUUUGUAUUCGAGUUUGCAGAUUUGCACUUCUUGGAAACAGAAACUGGAUAUAUUCAUCAAACGUCUUCCAUCAGAAACGUCAAUGAUGCCCGAAAAACAACAGAGGAAUCUUUGUACUUCAUUGUAUAAAAGACUACUUGCCCUUCUGGCUUAUGAUCCUUCCAGUAUUUUGCCUAUCAAUACACCAAUUACGCUUUUAAAACCAUCGAUGCCAACAAUCAAAAAUAUGAGUGAAGAUUUUGGACUUUCUAAGGUCUCUCAUAAAAAAACAGAAAUUUAUGUGCUCAAUGGAAAUCACGUAACAAUACUAGACGAUAGUAGAGUUGCAGCUGCAAUCAACGGUGAAGUAAUAGAAAACACAGUAGAUUCGAACGCAGAAAUUGAAAAAGAAGAUGAAGAUGUAGAUAAAAUACUCGCAGAUGCGGAAAUCAAAUAGAAUGCACGUAUUGAAUAUUGAGGGCUUUUUUUUCUACUUCAUUAGUUUUAAUAUUAGGCAAUACAGUUGCAGUGUAAAAUGCAUAAUUCGAUUUGCAAUUUAUAUAGUAAAUUAUAAAAUUCAUAAUAAACGGAAAUAAUUGAUAUCAAGUGCUGAUACUUAAAUUACAAUAAUAUUCAAGUGUUGUCUUGAUAAUCGGGAACGGCAAAUUCAAAAAUUCAAAUGAAAUUAAAAGAAUUGAUAUCUAGCUUUCAAACUUUGUGAAUAGUAAUAUCGAGAUGUAGUUUUGAUAAUAGUAAAAUAAUCUUACAGAAACGGCAUUGAGAAAUAUUUUUUUCAAGUCUUGACCUACGUCAAACAAUAUAAUGAAUUUAGUUCACUAUUUAUGGUGGAAUUUAUUAAAAAUAAAAAUUCUUAAUAUUGAAGUUUUGAAAGUUUCAUUUUCAAUUUGUGGCGAAUUAUAAAAUCAAAAAAAAAUAAUUGAAAUUAAGAUUUAAAAUUCAAAGGAAAAAAAUAUACAAGUGUUGUCUAAAUAAUUUUUUACCGUACCUCUGAGGUUAUUGUUUGCCUCCAAAAUAUUGCAUUUUCAAAUUCUUCGACUAUUCAAAAAACAAAUAAAACAUAUUCAAAAGAGUUGUAAAAAAGUGCAUUAUAAAAUACUAGCUUGUUGAUCUACAUUUAACUAAAUGAAUAUGAAUAAAAUACUUAUAUACAAUUUCCAGUUUAUUAGAAAAUUUUCAACUCACAAUAAUUUUUUUUUGAUAUUUAAAUUAUACGGAUUUUAACAUCCGUUAACCUUUGACAAAAGACUCAAUAAAAAUUUAUUCAUGUUCAUUUAUCUUUGUGAUCAUACGUCAUACUAUUAGUGUAUUUAAUUUUCUAUUCAAUUUAUUUAUAUUAUUUUCAUUUUCAUCAGGAAAUAAUUACUGAACCCCUGCAUUUAAUUCUACACAUUAAACAAAAUAGUCUUUAUUAUUUCAAUUUUAUAAUAAAAUAUC